UAGAGAACCAGGAAGUGACAGCAGUUGGUCCCAGGCAAAACAGAAACAGCAGUGUUUAUCGAGUGCAAAAGACGAGCGUCUACUGUAGACGAGCAGAUAUUGUGUAUUUUGUUAGACACGGUUAAGCUUUCCCAGCUGUUUUAAAGUUUUAACGAUGUCUUUUUUUACAACCGAGAGACAAACACCGACCAAGUGGGUGUUAUGUGGAGCCGUCGUGCUGUGCCUCAGCUUUGUUAGCCUGGGGGAGUGCCAAACAACUCCACCACCACCACUACCCUGCUCUAAUUUCAAAAAAUGUGACACUUGUGUUCCAAAUGCCAAGUGUCUGUGGUGCUUCACCACCAACAACUGCACCGAAUACCCGGUGAGCUGGCUGCUGCCUCCAGCAUCGAUGUGCCCGUUGGCCCAGGCCCGUUGGGGAGUGUGUUGGUUGAACUUUGAAGCCCUGAUCAUUACCCUGGCUGUCGUGGGCGGAAUCAUCAUCAUCAGCAUUGCUGCAUGCUGCUGCUGCUGCUGCUGCAGCAGCAGCUGCAAGAAGCGCCGAUCAAGGCCGGAUGGAGAUGAUGAGAUAUUUGUCAGGAGGAGAGAGGAGAUCAAACAGCGCGCUGAGGAACGGAACGUGGAGAGAAAGGCAAGGCACGAUCAGAUCCGCAAGAAGUAUGGUCUGAUGACUGACUCGGACCACCCAUACAGCAAGUUUGAGAAUGAGUGAAGCAGCUGCGCUGGAGGAGUUCCACAGGCAGCAUGUGGAGCUGGCCCUUAGAUUCAGCUUGAGUGAUGCCCGUUGCUCACGCAAACCGCAAAACAACGAGACAAAUGCUGCUGAGCGCCCCUCGUUCAGAAUGAUCCAAUUCAGACAGAAAUCACCCUUUUACAUUUUAUUAAACAAUAACACAGUCUUUAUUCCUGCUGAGGAUGCAAUGUUGUGAGUUGAAGCUUGUUUUAAAACUUCCUGCAAAGUUCUUUUGCCUUCUUUCUUUAUGUGAGUGAUCUAUUUUUAAAUGUUGUAGUUUCAUAUCAGUCUUUGCACUUUGUACAUAGUGUUGAUUUACUAAGAAUCUCAAAUAUCGAUUGUACCCCAGAUGUGUUCUGUCACAUGAAUAAAAUUACCUAUCUUUCAACAA